AUGACUUCUGGCCGCAGGUCUGGCCGCUUCAAGGGUCCCAGGGCGGUUUACAUUGAUGAUCCAUUCAAAGCAGCUGGUAUAAGUGAUGACGAGGACUCCACCAAGCAGGAGAGUCUUCGCAGCGGGAAAAAGAAGCGCACCCCGACAGAAGAUUCAGCCUCAGAUCAUGAAUUUGUGGCUGGUUCAGGCGAAGAAGCCGACGAAGGAAUUGACGAAGAAGAUGAACCUGAAGAGGAACUAGAAGAGGAAUUUGGAUCAGAAGCCGAUGCCUCUGACCCCGAAGACUUGGAGAUCGACGGCAUCGAGAGUGCUCUUGGGAAAGGCCGUUCGACAUCGUCCCAACACGAUGUGAGCUUCAAGAAGCGAAGAGCGGAUGGGACAGUUGUGCCAUCCGCCGAAGAAACACACAUUCGUGGCAUCAUCGAACCCAGAGAUCACCUGUCCAAAAGCACAUAUUACACUCUCACUUUCGGUUCUGACGAUCGAGAUCUAAUGCCAGCCAUCCACUUCAGAAUGCGAUGGAACAAGGGUAUUGAUGCGGUCUUUCCAUCUCGCUUCACCUUGGAGGAGACAGAGAAGAAGCCUGAAUAUCUAUACGGGCCCACAUUUGGGGUUCACCCGGAUGAUGUUAUGAAAGAAAGCACUCGUGGAUGGGACUGGUACUAUGACCGGGACACCGGUGAGAGGUUCCGGAAACGACAGCGCAUUGAGACGAUUGGAGAAUCAGUGGCGUUCCAAAAUUACCUGCCUCAGCCAGAUACACAAAAAUGUGGCAUUUUACUGGGACCACACGAUAAUCAACAACUGUUCGAGUUGGGCUAUCAUGAAUCCUUUGAUUUUGGAAAAGCCUGGGAGGAACCAAGCUCUAAAGUAGAUGAAUCAAAAACUGGGACCAAAAGGAUUCGUGAAGGUUGGAUGUUAAACAUCGGCCAAAAGGCACAUUGCAUGACUUGGGCCCCAAAUCAAAACGGUCUGACCCAAUAUCUUGCUGUGGCAGCGGCGAUCAAAGAAGAUCAGAAAAACCAAUACAAAUCCGAAGAAAGUGAGCCUGUCUCAUCGUUUCAACCCUCAGAGCCUUUCCCCAGCGCUCUGCAGAUCUGGGAGUUCAAAGGCAAACCGAGUGAUACCCCUACAAUGACUCUCGAUAUGGAUUCUAAACCCCGGCUUCGGCAAGUCUGGUGUGCUGAUUGGGGGGAUCUUAGACGCAUGGUAUGGUGUAAUUUGCCCCGGACCGAACGAGCGGAGGACGAAGAAGAUGAAAAACAAUCCAUCGGUCUACUCGCAACAGUUUGGGGGGAUGGAUACGUCAGAGUUCUGGAUAUUAAAACAGGUGGAGUGUCACAAGAAACUGAAUUCUUUAAAAUCAAAUCGCCUGCGUUUGAGGCAAAACCGCCAUCAACAGUUUGCACAUGUGUCACUUGGCUAUCUCCAAGUGAUCUUGUAGUGGGCUGCGGUAAUGGCUUUGUGGCUAUCUGGAACAUCGAACCUUCCUCUACAUCUCAACCUUUGCCAUAUUUCUAUCGGCCACUCCACGCCACCUACAUCCUCAAUAUAACAUCGGCAUACCCGGUCCAUCCUCAACUAAUCAUCACUAUUUCUAUGGAUGGCGAGACAAGGAUGUGGUCAGUCCUCGAUCCCACCAGUGAAAUGACCUCGACGGGCCGCAUGCGAGGAGCCUCUCCCUACCUCAGCUAUUCUCCAAUCUGCCAGUCCGUUAUUGCCGGGGACGAAAACGAAUUUGCUCGCAUAAUUCCAAUUCGACGGUUUUUCACCACUACCACUAUUGCGCGGCUCAGCAGCACCAUCUCGGCCAUGGCGCAAUGCAGUUAUCAUCACCCCUGUGCCCUAUUUGGCAGUGCUGCAGGUGAGGUCGUAGGAACAAAUCCCUUCCGACGAGUUGUUUACAACAAGGAGCAGAUCUGGCAGCAGAUAUGGUUUACGCAUGAAUGGAUUCCCACCUCCAAGACAGACACUGUGGGCACCAGUCGGUUUCAUGACGGAUACCGAGCAGAGAACCAGAAACUGGCAACGAACAAGCUGUUUGAGACCAACCCUGUCAAUGGGAUGGGGACCUCGACGAUAUUCGAAGAAAAUACUCACGUCACAGCCCUCGGGUGGAAUCCCAACCGCCCUUGUGCAGCGUGGGCCAGCGCUGCUCUGGGGUGUGGAUUAGUGAGAGUGGAGGAUCUUGCUAUCUAG